CCUCCCGUGUCCCGUCAGACCCCUCUCCCCCGAUUCAGAUCCACUCUUCGCCGCCGCUGCCACCUACCUCAAGCCGAUCCCGCCACCCACGCCCACGCGCCACCACCCGGAGGAGCAGACCCCACGCCGCUCUUCCUCUGCCCGCCGACCCACCCCGUCCCGGAGGCCUCGCUCACCGCCUUCCACCGCGGGGCCGCCGCGCUCGUCCACCUUCCACCCCCUUCCUCCCGUUCGCGAUCCAACCGGAGGAAACACGCAACCGCGAUCGCAGAGCAUCGCAUGGCGUCCCCGACGCGGCCAGCCUCCGUCUGUGGCCCCUUUGGCUCCGCCCCGACCUCGCCAUCUUCUCCGCUCCGACCACGACGCCGCGGCCGGAUCCAGCCCGUGCGGGCGCGACGGCGGCUGGAUCCACGAUGGCGACAACACGCAGCGGUCCCCGUCGGCCAGAUCAGGUGGGGAGAGGAAAGACAAGGAGGAGGAGGAGGAGGAGCAGGAGGAGAAGCACGCCAAGGUCACGCUCCCGACCGUCUCCAAUUAAACACCAUUCAUGACGCCGAGGACGCCGAGAAUGCCAAGCAACAAGGCCAAGGGAAAUGACUACCGUUCCAGGGUCUCUGGUCUGGGAGCUCGUGAAGAACAACUGCUUCUUGAUAAAACAGUUCGGCAACAGCAAUGCCAAGGUGCGGUUCAGCAAGGAGCCCAACAACCUCUACAAUGUCCACUCCUACAAGUUCUCGAGCUUGGCGAACAGCAAGACCGUGGCGGUCCAGCCAUCAGCGGGAGAGGACAAGGCUGUUGUCCUGUCCACGACCAAGACCAAGAAGCAGAACACCCCUGCCAAGCUCCAGCACAAGACUCUGAUGCACAAGGAGUUCCGCAAGAUGGCGAAAUCUGUCAAGAAUCAGGAAAUGGACUGAUUCCUUUGAAACUCCUAUGUUGUAAAUAGUCCCUUACUCCACUCAGGUGAGGACUUUGACCACAGAAGUACAACCAGGACAACCGUGCUGUUGGUGGUAGCUCCCAAGGUCCAAGGACGACUAUAUACUUUGACAGCAAAGAGCCAAGCAAGGGUGUGAACCAUAGUUUCGGUUGAUAUUUGCCACCAUGUUUUGGAUUGCACGUACACUUCUUGGAUAUAAACUGUAAUUAGGCUUGUUCAAGCUAUGUUACUGCGGACGUGCAGUCUUGUAUGUUUUUGUGAAUGUUGAUCAUAUGAGUUCUGGAUUUGAUCAUAUAAUAAGAGAAUUACUGAUUCUUUGA